AUGGCCACGACCACGAUGACGGCGAUCGCCACAUCGCAGAAGAAGGGCGUCGAGCUUGCGCCAGAGAGCGAGCGCUUCCUGCGGUGCUGCGCAGAUCUUGCCAACGCCCUGAUCGAAGACCACGAGGCCACCAAGAAUGGCCGGCCGGGGCGAGACAUCAACCUCAACGCGCUGCGUGCGAAGCUGGCAAAGAAGCACAAGCUGGCCAAUAUCCCCCCUCUCACGGCUAUCAUUGCUGCGAUCCCCGAACAUUACAAGAAAUACAUCCUCCCGAGACUCAUCGCAAAGCCUAUCCGAACAUCAUCUGGUAUUGCCGUCGUCGCCGUCAUGUGUAAACCGCAUCGAUGCCCGCACAUCGCAUACACUGGCAAUAUCUGCGUCUACUGCCCUGGCGGACCCGAUUCAGAUUUCGAGUACAGCACACAGUCUUACACUGGAUACGAGCCGACUUCAAUGCGAGCCAUCCGCGCACGUUAUGACCCAUUUGAGCAGGCCCGAGGUCGAGUCGAUCAGCUUAAGAGCCUGGGACACUCUGUCGACAAGGUGGAAUACAUUAUCAUGGGAGGAACUUUCAUGUCCUUGCCUGAGUCAUACCGAGAGGAUUUCAUCGCCCAGCUGCACAAUGCCCUCAGCGGAUACCAGACCUCCAAGGUCGACGAGGCAGUUGAGGCCGGCGAGAUGAGCAACAUCAAAUGUGUCGGCAUCACCAUCGAGACACGGCCAGACUACUGUUUGCAACCCCACCUUUCAGACAUGCUGAGAUAUGGCUGCACGAGAUUGGAGAUUGGAGUACAGUCUCUAUAUGAAGAUGUUGCGCGAGAUACCAACCGAGGUCACACAGUAGCGGCGGUGGCAGAGACGUUCUGUCUGGCCAAAGAUGCUGGCUACAAGGUGGUCAGCCACAUGAUGCCAGAUCUGCCCAAUGUGGGAAUGGAGCGUGACAUUGAUCAGUUCAGGGAAUACUUUGAAAACCCUGCCUUCAGAACAGAUGGUCUGAAAAUUUACCCCACACUUGUUAUUCGAGGAACAGGUCUAUAUGAACUGUGGCGAACAGGAAGAUACCAAAACUAUACCCCCAACCAACUGAUUGAUCUGGUGGCUAGAAUUAUGGCCCUUAUUCCACCUUGGACACGCAUCUACCGUGUUCAGCGAGAUAUCCCCAUGCCAUUGGUCACGUCUGGUGUCGAAAACGGAAACCUGCGAGAGUUGGCUUUGGCCCGAAUGAAGGAUUUCGGCACAACAUGCCGAGACAUUGAGCUGGUACGCCGAGACUACGUCGCCAACGGUGGAUGGGAGACAUUCCUUGCCUACGAAGAUCCUAAGCAAGAUAUCCUUGUCGCACUCCUGCGACUCCGCAAAUGCACUGAAAAGUAUACUUUCCGAGAGGAGCUUACCGGCCAGCCCACUAGUAUGAUCCGUGAGCUUCACGUUUAUGGCACUGCUGUGCCCAUUCACGCGCGUGAUCCGCGCAAGUUCCAGCAUCAAGGCUUUGGUACUCUGCUGAUGGAGGAGGCUGAGAGGAUAGCCAGGGAGGAGCACGGAAGUGACAAAAUUAGCGUCAUUUCGGGUGUUGGUGUGAGAAGUUAUUACAAGAAGCUUGGCUACUGGCUGGAUGGACCGUACAUGAGCAAGUGGCUCGAUGGACGGGAUGAAGCUGCAUGA